GGACUAGAUUGAUCCUCAAGUGUGAAAAUUAACCCCAUUUUAAUUGGACAUCAACCCUACUCGCGUAUCCAACAAUUCCUAUCCGCCAAUCUAACACCACGUGGCCCCACAUAAAACCCGCGUCCUUCCCUCAGCUUUCUCCUUUUCUCCUCUUUUGCAUCUUUCCUUUUCAUUCCUAUCAGUCCCUUGGACGAGAAGUAAUAAUUCCAGACAUUAACAAUGUUGUCGACCACCGGUAUGCCCACGUCGAGCCAAUGGUACGACCGUCACCGCAGAUGCAAGGAUGGCUGCUCGCACGAGGGAAAGCUUGAAUUGAUCACCUGGACAUCCACGGCUGGUGGGGACCGCAUGGGAUGGGGCAAUUGCCUAGCUUCCGAAUCCGAUGAACUGAAAGAAAAAUUUGAGAAGGAAUUCAACUCAAACGAGGAGAGGAUGUACGAGUACUGGCCACAGGGUUUCCGGUGGACCUGUUGCGGAACGGAGGGAGAUCAGCGAUUCGGAUGUGACCACCAUGGAAACGGAAGCACGCCAUGUAGCUGCGACUUUUGCAAGAUUGGCAAACCAAUUCCGGACUCCAUCCAUAAAAACCGGACAGAGUCUGCUGCCGGAAAGGGGCUGAGACUCUCUAGAGGUCCGGACCCAAGAAGCUUCAAUAAGAACCAGGGCGGGAUAGCGGAGAUCAUGCGCUUGUCCUUGGGGGUACCUUAAAUAAUUCACUGCACGCAAGGACGAUUUACAGUGAUUCCUAUUAAACCGAGGUCCAAUUUGGCGUGGAUGGACGUGGAUUGAACCUCUGUACUCCUGGAGAUCCAGCACUAGUCCUGACUAGCUAUCGUGUCACAUAGCAUUCAUGUGACCGGAUGUAACUAUCCGGUUUCACAUCUAGCCUGUGGCAUAAUCCUAACGCCAUGCACUUAAAUAGCUGUGCCCGAACACAUGGCUGUUCGAUUUCUUUUGGUCUUGAGAUAAUUCUUAUCAAUCGACUGGUGCGACCAAUGAUCACUGUGGAACCAAUUGUCUGACAUAUCGCUUACCGAAUUUAGUAAAUGGCUUUGUUGUUGAGGUGCCAUAAGCCUGGAGUUGUUGGAGCU